AUGAGGCAGCAGAGCGUGCGCACCGCCGCGCUCGUCCUGUGCAUCCUGUCCUACCUGCUGGUGGGCGCCGCGGUCUUCGACGCACUUGAGUCGGAGGCGGAGAGCGGCCGCCAGCGGCUGCUGGCCGAGAAACAGAGAGAGCUCCAGAGGAAGUACGGCUUCUCCGCGGAGGACUACCGCGAGCUGGAGCGCUUGGCGCUCCAGGCUGAGCCGCACCGCGCCGGCCGCCAGUGGAAGUUCGCCGGCUCCUUCUACUUCGCCAUCACCGUCAUCACCACCAUCGGUUACGGCCACGCGGCGCCAGGUACGGACUCGGGCAAGGUCUUCUGCAUGUUGUAUGCGCUCCUGGGCAUUCCCCUGACGCUGGUCACCUUCCAGAGCCUGGGCGAGCGGCUGAAUGCGCUGGUGCGGCACCUCCUGCUGGCGGCCAAGCGCUGCCUGGGCCUGCAGCGGCCACGCGUGUCCACCGAGAACAUGGUGGUGGCCGGGCUGCUGGUCUGCGCGGCCACCCUGGCCCUCGGGGCCGCCGCCUUCGCGUACUUUGAGGGUUGGACCUUCUUCCACGCUUACUACUACUGCUUCAUCACCCUCACCACCAUCGGCUUCGGCGACUUCGUGGCGCUGCAGAGAGACGAGGCGCUGCAGAGGAAGCCGCCCUACGUGGCCUUCAGCUUCCUCUAUAUCCUCUUAGGGCUCACGGUCAUUGGCGCCUUCCUCAACCUGGUGGUCCUGCGCUUCCUGGCGGCCAGCACCGAUGCGCCCGAGCGUGCCGUCCGCCGGACCAGCCCGAUCCGCCUGGGGGCGCCGGAGAGCCGCGGCCCGGCCCGCCCCGGGGGCUCCUCGUCCGUCUCCUACCGCAUCCACCAACUUGAGAUGUGGGCCCGCGACAAUCUGGGCUUCUCGCCCCCUGCGAGUCCGGGGGCUGUGGGCGGCUGCGGGGCAGGCAGGCUCCCAGCCCGUCGGAAGUCCAUCUGACAGGCCCACCCUAGCGGAUGUCGAUCCCAGAGCGGAAGGUCCGGGUUUACCUAUCAGUGCACCACCCUCCCCAGAGCUGGGAGCAGGACGAGGGACCCGUGGCCACAAUGCCAGUCUUCUGCCAUGGGCCGGUUCGCAUUCCCUUCUGUGGCUAGCCCCUCUUUCCUCUCCAAAAAUCUAUUAAAGUCGCAUCACAAGCACAAGUAUGACUCUAUAAAGUCACCCAGUAGGUGCAAAUCCCCGUCGUCCAAAUUGUUUUACUAAGCGUCUCUCCAUCAGCCACCUAGGAGAGGCUCUCUACAGACCCACGUCACUAUCCGACCCUCCAAAGUGGAAGCAGGUGGCUAUUUUUCUGUUGUGGGAAGAGGCCGGUUUUCCGUGUUGUAAGGGAAAUGCAUAAUUUUCAAAACUGGAAUCCUACCAGUGAGGCCAGCUGCUCACACGAUGAGAAGCACAGGGGAGGAGAUGAACGGAUAGGAACGAUUUAGCAUCCAAUGUGGACGAGUGGGCAAAUCACUGCACUAUUUAAACGAUCACUCUCUCUUGUUCAGCGUGGAGAGAGGAAUUGGCCCAUGUGUUAAGGAAGCACAUUCCCCGCCAACCCCUCACGGCCCAGCUGAUGCUCUGUCCUUGGCCAGCCCCACUCGGAGGAGAGGAGCCUUGUUGACACCGACCAUGUCACUGGGGCCACCUGGAUGCAGCUGAAUACUGGGAGACAAGCUCUUCUGUGAGUCCUGCCAGGCACCUGCAACGUGACCUUGGGGAAUCUCAUCCCCUACCUGGGCUUGUUUCCACAUCUGUAAAAUGACUGGGUUCAUCCAGAAUCCUGGUCUCUCUUGUGCACCUGUGGAGGGGUGCCUGGGACGGGCCAAUGAGGGGGUAUCACAAAAGUCCCUGGUGGGCAUGCUGGCAUCCCGUAGCACUCAGCUCCUUAAAACACCAACUGCCCCCAGCCUCCCAGAUAGAACUGUCUCAACACAAAACAG